ACUUAGCUUCUCUGUUUCUUGGAGAUGAAGCCGUCUGAUGUCGUCAAUGCUUCUGAUAGAGCUGAACACGGGAAGAGCUCACAAAUCCAGUCUCAAAACAUGUCACAAUUUCAGCCUAUCUCUAAAGAAAAGAAAGCAGAUCAAAUCGUUGAAGUUAACCCAGUAGCCAAGGACGAUACAUCAGUUCCAAGGUUACCGAAUUCAGUGACCCAUAAGUUCUGGGAGACUCAACUGGUUGGGCAGUUCAAGGAUAUCGGAGACAAGAGUUUGCCUGAAGGUCCAGUUGAGCCCGCAACUCCGUUAUCUGAGGUCAAGCAAGAGCCAUACAACCUUCCUUCUCCUUAUGAAUGGACCACAUGCGAUUUGAACUCUGAUGAUAUGUGUUCAGAGGUUUACAACUUUCUCAAGGUACAUCAUCCUGAUGACGGAUAUUUGUUCGAGGAAACUUAUUCCAGGGAGUUUCUAAGGUGGGCAUUGUGUCCACCUGGUUAUCACCAGAGCUGGCAUAUUGGAGUCCGUGCCAAGACCUCGAAGAAACUCGUUGCUUUCAUCAGUGGCGUGCCAGAAAGAAUUAGGGUGCAUGAUGAGGUUGUUAAAAUGGCAAAGAUCAAUUUCUUGUGUGUUCACAAAAAGCUCAGGUCAAAGAGACUUGCUCCUGUCAUGAUCAAGGAGGUGACUAGAAUGGUUCACUUGCAGAAUAUAUGGCAAGCGGCUUAUAGCUUACCUGAUAUACGCGCUACACCAGUCACCACCUGCCAAUACUGGGUCAGAAUGUUGAACCCGAAGAAGCUAAUCGAUGUUGGGUUUUCAUGUCUUCGUGACAGAAUGACAAUGAACAGAACCGUCAAACUUUACAAGUUACCAGAUACACCGAUCACUCCUGGGUUUAGGGAAAUGGAGGGACGUGAUGUCCCGGCUGUUACAGAGUUGCUCAGGAACUACCUUAGCCAGUUUGGAGUAGCGACUGACUUUGAUGAAAACGAUGUCGAGCACUGGCUUCUCCCAAGAGAAAAUGUCGUCUACAGUUACGUAGUAGAAACUCAUGACGUGAUCACUGACUUGUGCAGCUUCUACACUGUCCCUUUAACUGUUGUCGGUAACCCGAAAUACAAAACAGUGGAAUGUGCUUAUUCUUACUACAAUGUGGCGACAAAGACCUUGUUACCCCAGCUGAUGAAUGAUGUGCUAAUCGUCUCUAAGCAAAAAGGUUUUGAUGUGUUGUACGCGUUGGAUGUGAUGCACAAUGAGAGUUUCUUGAAAGAGUUGAAGUUUGAUCUAGCAGAUGCACAGAUGCACUACUAUCUCUACAAUUACCGUCUGAGAACUGCAUUGAAGCCAUCAGAACUUGGGAUUAUACCAGCUGAGGUCAUGGCUGCGUUGGAGCCUAUCAAGGAUAACGAAGAAGCUAAUCUUGGUAUGAUUGAUGAGUCCAAAAAUUUCUCCUUCUUUACUAAGGAAGAUGUGCGCCCCAUUUUCUGGGCAAACCGUCCAAAGAGCUACAUUUCUAGAACCAAGGGCUGGGAAGACUUCCCACAAGGCUGGUGGGGUGAUUCACGGAGUGCUUCAUAUGGUGCACUCUUGGAUCAUCAGUUCUCACGUCCACGAGCACGUGACAAGAAGCUUCAACAAGAAUGGGUUGUCCCACUGAAAAGAUGGGGAGGUCCUGUUGGAUAUGUAUACCAAAAGGCUUAUCUAGAGUUCUUCUGCUCAAAGGAGAAAUUAGAUGCAGUGGUGGAGAAAUGCAAAGCUUUGCCAUCGAUUACUUACAUGGCUGUGAACAAAGGAGAAAAUUGGGUAUCGAACGCUGCCCAAUCUGAUGUGAAUGCUGUUACAUGGGGAGUUUUCCCGGCUAAGGAAAUCAUUCAACCAACCAUUGUCGAUCCCGCUAGCUUCAAAGUCUGGAAGGAUGAAGCAUUUGAGACUUGGUCAAGAAGCUGGGCUAACUUGUACCCAGAAGCUGACCCUUCCAAGAUUUGCUUUUUAAGAAUAAGCACAUUCCACUGUUUCGUACUUGGGGUGAUUCAGUUAACUAUCGACGACAAUAACCCCAAGUACGAAACAGUGGAAUGUGCUUAUUCUUACUACAAUGUCGCGACACGGACCUCGUUACCCCAGCUGAUGAAGGAUGCGCUAAUCGUCUCUAAGCAACAAGGUUGUGAUGUGUUCUACGCGUUAAAUGUGAUGCACAAUGAGACUUUCGUAAACGAGUUGAAGUUUUAUCUUGGAGAUGCACAGAUGCAGUUCUAUCUCUUCAAUCACCCUUUGAGAAGUGCAUUGAAGCCAUCAGAAAUUGGGCUUGUUUGCUGAGAUGCUCUUCAACAACUUGCGCUGGAGGAUAUUAGUUUGGUUUCAACAAACUUGAAUUAUUAUU